GACCAUUGCUGUGGGAGGAGCCACAGCCUCACCGUGGAAACCGUAGCGCCGCUGCUGCCACGCCUCACCGGCCUCUGCAGUGUGUGCGCUUCGGUUGAGGGUGUUUGACUCGAAUUCCCGAAAAUAACCAGCGGGCCUGUGAGCCGCCGCCGUCGCCGCCGCCAUGCAAGGGGAGGACGCCAGAUACCUCAAAAGGAAAGUUAAAGGAGGUAAUAUUGAUGUACAUCCAUCAGAAAAAGCACUUAUUGUUCAAUAUGAAGUGGAAGCUACUAUUCUUGGAGAAAUGGGUGAUCCCAUGUUGGGAGAAAGAAAGGAAUGCCAAAAAAUUAUUCGCCUGAAGGGUCUCAAUGCCAACACAGAUAUAACUUCCCUAGCACGAAAGGUAGUUGAAGAAUGUAAACUUAUUCAUCCUUCAAAACUAAAUGAAGUAGAACAGCUGUUGUAUUACCUGCAGAACCGUCGGGAUUCAUUGUCAGGAAAAGAAAAAAAAGAAAAAUCUAACAAACCUAAAGAUCCACCUCCUUUUGAAGGAACUGAGAUUGAUGAAGUUGCGAACAUUAAUGACAUGGACGAAUACCUUGAGUUAUUGUAUGAAGAUAUUCCUGACAAGGUUCGGGGUUCUGCUUUGAUCCUACAGCUUGCUCGAAAUCCUGAUAACUUGGAAGAACUACUAUUAAAUGUUGCUCUUUAUUUGCUUCUGAAUCUGGCAGAGGAUACUCGUACAGAACUGAAGAUGAGGAAUAAAAACAUAGUUCACAUGUUGGUGAAAGCUCUUGAUCGGGACAAUUUUGAGCUGCUUAUUUUAGUUGUAACAUUCUUAAAGAAACUCAGCAUUUUUAUGGAGAAUAAAAAUGAUAUGGUGGAAAUGGAUAUUGUUGAAAAACUAGUAAAACUGAUACCAUGUGAGCAUGAAGAUUUACUAAAUAUCACUCUGCGGCUUUUGCUUAACCUGUCCUUUGACACAGGACUGAGGAAUAAGAUGGUGCAAGUUGGACUUCUUCCAAAACUCACUGCACUCCUAGGGAAUGAAAACUACAAACAAAUAGCAAUAUGUGUGCUUUACCACAUAAGCAUGGAUGAUCGCUUUAAAUCAAUGUUUGCAUACACUGACUGUAUACCACAGUUAAUGAAGAUGCUUUUUGAAUGUUCAGAUGAACGAAUUGAUUUGGAACUCAUUUCUCUCUGCAUUAAUCUUGCUGCUAAUAAAAGGAAUGUACAGCUGAUCUGUGAAGGAAAUGGGCUGAAGAUGCUCAUGAAAAGGGCUCUGAAGUUCAAAGAUCCAUUGCUGAUGAAAAUGAUUAGAAAUAUUUCCCAGCAUGAUGGACCAACCAAAAAUUUGUUUAUUGAUUAUGUUGGAGACCUUGCAGCCCAGAUCUCUAAUGAUGAAGAAGAAGAGUUUGUGAUAGAAUGUUUGGGAACUCUGGCAAAUUUGACUAUUACAGACUUAGACUGGGAACUAGUUCUUAAAGAGUAUAAGUUGGUUCCAUACCUCAAGGAUAAACUAAAACCAGGUGCUGCAGAAGAUGACCUUGUUUUAGAAGUGGUUAUAAUGAUUGGAACUGUAUCUAUGGAUGAUUCUUGUGCAGCAUUGUUAGCUAAAUCUGGAAUAAUCCCUGCCCUUAUUGAAUUGUUAAAUGCUCAACAAGAAGAUGAUGAAUUUGUGUGUCAGAUAAUUUAUGUCUUCUACCAGAUGGUUUUCCACCAAGCCACAAGAGAUGUCAUAAUCAAGGAAACACAAGCUCCAGCAUAUCUCAUAGAUCUGAUGCAUGAUAAAAAUAAUGAAAUCCGAAAAGUCUGUGAUAAUACACUAGAUAUUAUUGCAGAAUAUGAUGAUGAAUGGGCAAAGAAAAUUCAAAGGGAAAAGUUUUGCUGGCAUAACUCUCAGUGGCUGGAGAUGGUAGAGAGUCGUCAAAUGGAUGAGAGUGAGCAGUACUUGUAUGGUGAUGAUCGAAUUGAGCCAUAUAUCCAUGAAGGAGAUAUUCUAGAAAGACCUGACCUUUUCUACAGUCCAGAUGGAUUAAUUGCCAGUGAAGGAGCAAUAAGUCCAGAUUUCUUCAAUGACUAUCACCUUCAGAAUGGAGAUGUAGUUGGACAGCAUUCAUUUUCUGGCAGCCUUGGAAUGGAUGGCUUUGGCCAACCAGUUGGUAUCCUUGGACGACCUGCUACAGCUUAUGGAUUCCGCCCUGAUGAACCUUACUACUAUGGCUAUGGGUCUCAGUAAAAUCAUCCCUUCCUAUGUUUACCCUCAGAGUACAAGAAACUUUCGUGGUUUGGGGUAACUUUGACAUUGGCACCGUGGCCUCACAAUGCAUGUUUAUCCUAUGAUGGCUGUGUUUCUUAAUUUUCUGUUUGCUCCAGACUGACGUUAGCCUCUUCUAUUAUCUGUUGAGUACAAUUCAUGCUGAUGACAUUGUUCACUGUCCAACUACAUCUCAAUGCUGAAUACAGUUUUCCAUGAUACUCAGAAGUGAGCAUUGAAAAGCUAUUAGUCUAGAAAACCAACACAGUGUACAUUGAGUAGCAGUUCUGACUUUGGGAAACAGGACAAGCUUCCAUUUGGAAAAUAUGACCUUGAGAUUCUUCUGUCUUUUGUUUUGUUUGGGUUUUUUGUUUUGUUUUACUGUUUGUUUCUUCUCUGUAUCCCUUUUCAAAAAUACACAAAGAUCUUAAAUGAGUAUAGGUAACUCAGUGUCUUCACUUUUAAGUUAUAUUUUAUAAACUUGGGACCAGUAUAAGGUAAAAAGUUAAUAAAGGUUGAUUUUUCUCUGUAUUCAAAAAGUAAAGAGACAAGACCUGAAACUUAGUAUUAUAAUGAAGAAAAAUGAACAGAAUCUCAUCUAGCAAUCUGUAGCCCUUCUCUCUUUCCCCCUCCUGUUAUUUAUAAGUCUAUAGUGUUAACUAACAGGAAAAAGAUACUCAGAGUAGCUUUUAAAGUAUUAAAGGAAAUACAGUAAUACCUCACUUCACAAAUGCACAAGCAUUUGGCAAGAUUUUGCUUCCAUUUCAAACUCUACAUUGGAUGACAACUGUGGGGAUCUUCCCCGGAAUCGUGAAACGAAUUAAGUUUAUGAACAAAGGUACCACUGUACUCUGAUGACUUGCAUAAGAAAAGAGGAAUGCUGGUAGCCCCUAGAGAAACUUCUGACUAGUCAAUUUAUGGUUAUAAACCUAGAACUAAGGAAAUGAUUAUUAUAAUUCAGCUUGUCCAAGGUAUCUUAAGAGUGUACUCUGAUAUAAUGUAAUUGUUUUAUAUAUGAUGUACAUUUUGUUUGUCCACUUUCCUUGUAAUCUGUUUUUAAUAUCUUGCAGUUGCUUCAAUAAAAAUAAAUUGGAGUUCA